GCAUUGUUCUCUCACUUAUUCUAUAAGAAACUCAGGCAACAUUUCCAGGGUAGGUAGCAGCGAUUGAAGACAGGCGGAGACACGUAGGAGGAGGAGGAACAUGGGAUCGGUUGGAGCUGGAGAAAAUGGGAGUGCAGGUUCAGUUAGGAAUAAGAACAGGGCGGUGGAGUCUGAGGUCAACGAUGAUGGCUUCAAUGACAGCCCGACGGGUUAUCAGUAUCCGUCGGAGAUCCGAGGGAAGAGUAACAGAAGAUUCUAUGUGUUUGCUUGUGCAGUUCUUGCUUCUCUCAACACUGUUCUCCUCGGCUAUGAUGUUGGUGUCAUGAGUGGAGCAAUUAUUUUCAUUCAGGAAGAUUUAAAAAUAACUGAGGUUCAGACAGAAGUCCUUGUUGGAUGUUUAAGUGUAGUUUCGCUCUUCGGUAGCUUAGUUGGUGGCAGAACAUCAGACAUUAUCGGCCGAAAAUGGACAAUGGCUUCAGGUUCUAUUGUCUUCCAAGUGGGGGUCACUGUUAUGACUUUCGCAGAUUCAUUUCAAGCACUGAUGAUAGGGAGAUUGCUGACUGGUGUUGGGAUGGGCAUCGGGGCUGUGAUAACGUCGGUUUACAUUGCCGAGAUUUCGCCAUCCAUCAGUAGGGGAAGCCUGACCUCAUUUCCGGAGAUCUUUGUGAACAUAGGAAUUCUACUUGGUUAUGUCUCAAACUAUGCAUUUUCAGGCCUAUCCGUACACAUUAAUUGGAGGGUCAUGCUUGGAAUUGGGAUUUUGCCCUCCGCUUUUAUCGGUUUUGCACUUUUUGUGAUCCCCGAGUCACCAAGGUGGUUGGUCAUGCAGAACCGAGUCAAUGAAGCAAGAGUGGUGCUUUUUAGGACAAGUGGAGAUGAGAGUAAAGUGGAAGAGAGGCUCGCAGUAAUACAAUUAGCGGCUGGGGCUAGUAACAAUCCACAGAAGCAAGGAGAGAAAGCUGUGUGGCGUGAACUGUUGAGCCCUUCUCCUUCUCUACGCUGGAUGCUAAUCACAGGCGUAGGACUCCAGUGUUUCCAACAGUUAACGGGCACGGAUGCUUUAGUGUACUACAGCCCGGAGAUUUUUAAAGAUGCCGGAAUAAAGGGUAAUUCGAAUCUACUAGCGGCUACUGUUGCUGUGGGCAUUGCGAAGACUAUAUUUGUACUGGUUGCUACAUUUCUGUUAGACAAACUUGGAAGGAAACCUUUGCUUUAUAUUAGCACGAUCGGCAUGACAAUUUGCCUGUUCAGUGUGGGAGUCUCUCUCUCUCUACUUAAGGGAGGAGUGGCUGGCGCUGCACCUGGAUUGGCAGUACUAUCUGUUUGUGGUACUCUAGCUUUCUUCUCGAUAGGAAUCGCCCCUAUUUGCUGGGUGCUAACCUCGGAGAUUUUCCCUUUGAGGUAUCGUGCUCAAGCAGUGGCGCUUGGGGCGGCUGCUAAUAGGAUGUGCAGUGGGCUUGUCAGUAUGUCCUUCCUCUCAGUUUCUCACACAAUCACGGUAGCUGGCACGUUUUUUGUGUUUGCUGUGAUGUCAGCUCUUUCAGUUGCGUUUGUUCACUUGGUCGUUCCAGAAACCAAAGGAAAAUCGCUGGAGCAGAUUGAGUCACUAUUUCAGGAUCGCUGUAGUUGGAAAGGAGGCUAUGUCGAGAUUGAAGAUGUCGAGGAACAUGUGCACCACUAGUCACUUACCUAUCGACAUCUUCAGUCCGACAUGUGGAGCUUCAGUUCAAUAAGAGAAGGUCCAGCAUCAAGAAAAAGGAACAGUUAUCAACCUCUCAAGCAAGCGAAGGCAGAAUCUAUCAAGUCAGUGAUUGUUGGAAUUACCAUCACUCUCUUCUUGGAUGGCUGCUUAGCCUGACAAGUCAGAUAAAUGGCAGUACACUUUAAUGAAGAAAUCAUAGCUUGAAUUACUGAGCAAUCCUAGAGAAGUUUGCUUUACUGAGAAAUUCUACUGUAUUAAACUUUCAUGCUUAAAAUGCUCUGUACUCUAUCCUAGAGAAGUUUGCCUCCAAUGAAACAUUGAAAGCAUUUCUGAUUCAGAAUUCCUACUUUUACCUGGAGAAGUGCUCCUUUCUUUUGGCCACAUACGUGGAAAAAAGGUAAAA